CUUGAUGUUGGGAAGGGAGGAAAUAGUGGCUCAAAUGCUAUAGCACCCGUUGUAGAGGUGUAAACUUGGUGAAUGUCGUAUCCUCUUAUGUGAGCCAGGUUCCAAGCACAGGUUGCAGAAAUUGCAGUUGAAUUUUCCUAGGACCGUAGCUACCAUGGAUGAUCAUCGUGAUAAUGAAAUACAGGGAAUUGAUGGAGCUAGUCAUCCUACGGGGGAAUCACAAGGUACCAACACUAGUAAAAAGACCAAAUUCCGUGGUCCGUCAAAAGGAGUUCAAGCCAAAAAGCCUAUGCAUCUUCAGUAUAAUCAAUAUGGAAUCCCCGAUGGAGAAUGGUCAGGAGAAUACGGGAAGCAAGUUGGGUCUUGUGCUGCUAGAAUUAACAUUAAUGUGAAAGAAUAUUCAACGUUAGAUGAACACACAAAGAAGGGGUUUUGGGAGGAGACCAAGCUUCUGUUCCACAUUAUUGAUGAUCCGGCUAAAAGGAGAGAAAAAUAUUUUCAUAUGUGUGUGGCGAAACGCUUUGGAGCUUUCAAGUCCAGGUUAACGCGGCGUUGGAUAACUAAGAAAGAAAAAAUGCCGAAACAUCAGACAAAUGACAUGCCUUGGGACAUCUACCAUCAAAUCACAGAGGAUGAUUGGAAAACAUUUGUGAUGGAACGAAAAAAGCUGGAGAUGUUGGUAAUAAUGAAUUUACUUUGCUAG